AUGUUUGACAUGUGGAAUUCUGUUUCUCCCAAAUUGGAGACAUCACAACCAGGUACAACCUCAAAUUCUCAAUUGCCCCAAACAAGUACCAAUGCUGCGGGGUCCAUCAAAGCUCAAAUUGAGAUAAUACCCUGCAAAGUUUGUGGCGACAAAUCAAGCGGAGUUCACUAUGGAGUGAUCACAUGUGAGGGCUGUAAAGGCUUUUUUCGCCGCAGCCAAAGUUCGGUAGUUAAUUAUCAAUGUCCACGGAAUAAAAACUGCGUUGUCGACAGAGUCAAUCGAAACCGGUGUCAGUAUUGUCGUCUGCAAAAAUGCCUUCGACUGGGAAUGAGCAGAGAUGCUGUAAAAUUUGGUCGUAUGUCUAAAAAGCAAAGGGAAAAAGUAGAAGAUGAAGUAAGGUUUCAUAGGGCACAACAACGACAGGCAACCGAAAGCACACCCGAUAGUUCUGUGUUCGACCAACAAACUCCAAGUUCGUCCGAUCAAUUGCAUUAUAAUGGGUAUUCGUACAACAGCAGCGACGUUGGUAGUUAUACCAACUACAACUACACACCACAUCACAUUCAAUAUGAUAUAAGUGCAGAUUAUGUUGAUUCGACCACUGCCUACGAUCCAAGACCCGGCUUAGACUCCCUGACUGCAGAUUCAAAUCUUAUGACAAGCGUCGUAACAACAGGUGGAAACUGCCAUAGUGGUAAUAACACGGUCGAAAAUCAAUCGAAUCAAAGAAUAAAUUCCCUUAACAAUCAAACAACAGGAAAUGAUAGAACGGAACGUAAUGGUAGUAACGAAAGGACCGGUUUAGAAGGAGCUCAAAGACAAGGCCUUGAUCGACUGGUUACGGUUAAACAAGAAAACGUUGAUAACAUCAUUGGGGGCGGUGGUUUUGUCGACAGCACUACGUUGCUUCAACCAAUGUCGCCUUCGUCACAAGCCUCUCAGAACCUUUCUCCUAGAUCCCAGGUUUCGCAGACCAUGACAUCGCCUUCUGUCAAACUUAAAGAAGAAGAAGAUAUCAAUCAAGGAUGCCCCAGUAAGAUGUAUCCUAUGCAAAUAUCCGAACUUUUAAGCAAGACUAUUGCAGAUGCGCAUUCAAGAACCUGCGUUUACACACUAGAGCACAUACAUGAAAUGUUUCACAAACCUCAAGACCUAUCAAAACUUAUAUAUUAUAAAAAUAUGGCCCAUGAGGAACUUUGGUUAGAAUGCGCGCAAAAAUUAACAACCGUCAUUCAACAAAUAAUUGAAUUUGCUAAAAUGAUACCUGGUUUUAUGAAAUUAUCUCAGGAUGAUCAAAUAGUGCUCUUAAAAGCAGGGAGUUUUGAAUUGGCUGUCUUAAGAAUGUCGAGAUAUUUCGAUCUCUCACAAAAUUGCGUUUUGUAUGCCGAUACAUUAUUGCCACAAGACGCCUUUUUCACAACGGAUACUUCAGAAAUGAAACUCGUGACAAGCGUUUUUGAAUUUGCCAAAAGCGUUGCCGAGCUUAAAUUGACUGAAACCGAACUUGCACUGUAUUCAGCAGUUGUUCUUUUGUCUGGAGAUCGGCCUGGUUUAAAAGGUACAACAGAAAUAAAUCGUUUGAGACACGCCGUUGCCAGAGCGCUGAGAUUUGAAAUGGACAGAAAUCAUAUAUUGCCCCUAAAAGGAGACGUCACGGUGUACGAUCAUAUAAUGGCUAAAAUUCCAGCUCUCAGGGAAUUAUCCUUGUAUCACAUGGACGCACUGGCGAAAUUCAAAAGGUCAACACCCUUAUUAGAAUUUCCUGCCCUACAUAAGGAACUUUUUAGUGUGGACAGCUGA